GUUUACAAAAGAUACAGACCGGAAAUCGUCAUCAGGAAGUUUUGUUGAGAUGCUUCCGACAGAAUGAAUUGGGGGAAUCCUAAACGUAAAAGUUUAGAAGUAGCAUAAAGUGGUGGCGGUUAUUCUGAAGUCAUAUUGUUGUUGUUCCGGGUGGGAGGGAGCAUCUACUAUGAGUACAUGUCAUGCUCCAUGAUGUUAUGUAGCAGCUAGGAAAUAUAUUCAUUCUGUUUAUAGACACUGUCGGUGUUAUAUCAGUGUUACGUCUUUUUACGACCCGUUACUUUUGCUCACUUCCCGAGCAGCACGCGAAGCACUGCAGAGAGAUCUGAAGGACUGAGAUGGCUACAGCUCCACCACCACCACCACCACCACCACCACCGACCACCACUGGGGUCCAGUCUAAAAAAAUAAUCCCUCCACCGUGCCCUAAACAUGCGGCAGUGCCGUAUUUCUAUAACGACAGAACCCCGAUCCAAGAGACAAGUCCUUCACCAGACCCUGAAGCACAGGCUGCAGUUGCUCCGUCACCGCACUCUGUGCAAAACGGACCCCAGUCUUCACUGUCACAAGGAGGAGAAGACAAUCUUUCUGACUGUGACGACAAAGACCGUCCGAUCCAGGAAACUGACCCUGCACCACAGGCGCUUAACGGCCUGCAGGCCAGCACUGUCCAGCUUCCUGCAGAGGCCGAGGUGCAAGUAGCCUUUCAGAUGAACCAGGGUGGGGAGCACCAUUUGGCCUGAAGCACCGGGACAGAGAGAGGACAUGGCCUUGUGUUCAGGCCAACAUUGUUUGAAUAUGUUAUUCCAGCUUCAGUCAUCAUCGUCAUCAUUGAUAAUAUAUCGCUUUGCUAAUUUUUGUCAUACAAACUCCAGCCAUAUCCCAUAUAUAUUUCAUACUUGCUCAAGCUACAUACUUUAAGGUGCCUUUGAGAAAGUUUGAGCCAGACUGAGCUUAAAAAUAUUUAUUUUAGUGCCAUAGCUAUAAAAAUUUUACAUAAGAUUAUUGUAAAUAACCUAAAAUUAUAUAUUAUAAACUGUACAGAUUGAGGAUAUAAAUUUUAGUAUUUGUUGCAUCUAUGAAUCACUUAAAGGGAGACUGUAUAUAAAUGUGGUCGUCAUGACAGCUCUCCAAAAGUGAAGCCAAAACACAUCGAUCGCCCCCUGGUGG